AUGAUUGCAAUUGUGCGUAGGAAUCUCUCAUUAUUGUCGAACCCUAAUUCAUUUCUCUGCGACUCCAAUGUUCAUUCCUCUCUCUCAAUCCACUUCUUUUCUACUUCGAGGAUCAAAAGAAUAUUAAUUCCUAGCUCUGAAAUCUGCGAUAUUUUGGUGAAUAAACACCAAUUUUCUCCUGAAUUGGCUUCGCUAGCUUCAUCGCGUUUACCUAAAUUUAGAGAUCCCCAAAGAGCUGAUUCAGUUCUAUCAUUCCUCAAAGAGAAUAGCUUUUCGACUGCUCAGCUGCAAAAAUUAGUGAUAUAUGAUCCUCGGAUUCUAGGGUUUACUAUUGAGGGUAUUAAAUCCAGAUUGAAGGUGUUCCAAGAUUUGGGGCUUUCUUCCGAGGAGAUUGCUAAGAUGAUUUCCGGUUAUCAGAAGAUUUUACAUUCAAGUAUGACGAACAAGAUAAUUCCCAAUUUAUUGCUGCUCAAGGGCUUGGUGGGAUCCAACGAUGAUGUGGCCAGACUUUUGAAGAGAUGCCUCUGGUUUGUUGUGACCGAUUUGGAGAAAACCUUAAUCCCAAAUGUGGAAAUAGUGAAGAGCUGUGGGAUACCAAUGGAGCACAUCCUUCACUUAGUCUACGCGCACCCGAGAGGUUUCUUGAUCAAGCCGGAUAUUAUGAGGAAAUCUGUAGACAAGGCCAUAGAGAUUGGGGUCCCCCGCACUUCAAUUAUUUUUAUCUAUGCUGUCAGUGUUUUUAGCUAUACGAGCCAAGGGAUGUGGGAAGUCAAGUUAGAAACUCUUCGCGAUUUGGGAUUUUCUGAUGAUGAGAUAUUCAAAAUGUUUAGGACGCAGCCUCAUGUUUUUUCAGCAUCUGGAAACAAAUUGAAGAGCAAAGUAGAGCUUCUGCUUGCUACUGGGAAGUAUAAUGUAUCCAGUAUUGUCGCAUUUCCAUUAGCACUCGGGUUCAGUGUCGAGAAGAGGAUUGAGCCGCGGAUACAAAUUUUGAAACUUCUGGAAAGUAGGAAUCUGAUUAAAAAGUGGCCAUGUCUUGCAACAGUUCUCAGACCUAGCGAUGCUGAAUUUAUUGAAAAAUUCAUUAGGCCUUACUAUGAUGAGAUUGGCGAAGAACUCAUCACACAAAGAUUCUGA